AGUAAAAGUAUAGCUAAGGACUUUCUUUGACCAAACAGCCCCAUUAACAUUCAUGAAAAUAAAUAUACAAGACAGCUGCAUGCGCGCGUUAGAGCGCAAACGAAAUACAGUAGAGUUGUGUCCUUCCGGCUUUGGAGGGGUACUUUUUGGUAUAGUUUUUGCUGACGUCAUUGACGUCAUUAGCAGGGUUCACAAUUCGUCAUUUUCAUCAGCUCAGUGUUAAUGUAGUGUAGGUAGUAGUAUAAAUUCCCAGGAUACCAAGAAAUAUUUCCUCAAGAUUUUUCUUCAAGAAAAUUUAUAUUAAAUAUUGCAUGCAUAAAGUAUUAAUAAAUAAAUUUAUCAAGUUAAAUAACUACAGAACAAAAAAAAAUAAUAAUGACGGCUUCUAAAUUCAGUUCGAAUAAAUCUCAAGCUGAACCUCCAUUGUCGAGGCAUCAGAAAUAUCGGGAGAAAAUAUUCGACACCAUUAAUUCAAUCAAAAUAUUUCAAAAUAACCCCUCACUGAGUAACCUGACAGUAAAUUUCUUAUAUUACACGAUAAUUCUGGUCCGACUGAUUAUUCUUAUCCCACUCGUGGUUGCUUUAUCAUUGGCAUUUUGCACGAUAUUCAUUAUCGCCGGUAUCGCGAGCAAAGGAACAUUUUUGUGGAUGACUUCUCAGCUAGAGCGUAAACAUGUACAAAUGUGUGUCGGUGAAGAAUUUUACAACAGCGAAUAUAUUGUCCUGCAGCCAGAAGAGGAAAGAAUAAUGUGGAUAUGGUGUUUAAUUAUCGCAUACACCCUUUCCGAAUUAAUAAGUUCAUUUAUAUGCUUCAAAAAAGCUAAAAAUAAGCCUUCGCUGAGACAAUUAUUGUCAGUAAUUAUUCCAGAAACCUUCCAUACUAUUGGAAUUUCGUUGAUAAUCUUUGAAGUAUUGCCAAAACUAUCUCGAAGUAAUUUUGAGUUGAUCUCAAUUUGGUGCUUCAUUGAAGUGGUAUUGCGCACUUCGUUAUGGACGAUUUAUAAAAUAAAAAAUAUUAAACUCAAGAGUUUGCUGGUCGUGGCCGACAUAGUGACUUUGGGGAUUAUCAUUAUUCCCGCGAUAUUCUUUGAGUUUAGAAAAAAUCGUAAUAAUAGCGGUCGCUGGAUAACUAUCUUGGCAUUGGCUUUAAUCCAUGGCGGACUUUGGCAAGAUGUUCCAAAGAAUAUAUUCAGUUUUACUGGUAAUCUUCCACCUAUUGAAAAUGCCCGAAGUAAAUUAAAACCCGUAAAAGAUUCAAUUUUUGCAUGGGUAUCACUAUGGAAAAUAAUCGUUUUCUUUGCAAGUUCAUUGACAAUAUUCGCAAUGAAUCGUAGCAACACUACACAACUGUUCACAAUGUUUGGACCUGCAUUCAGUUCUCAUAAUGUAACUUUGAUUCCGUCUGACAUUGAUUUUAAAUCAGUAUUGAUUUCUAAAAGUUUACUUUUGCCAUUUUUGAUGGUGUCAUUUCAAGUAAUUUUAUCUAUUAUCAUAAAUAUGAAACCUAAUAUCAUGACUUUGCGUAUCUUCUCUGGAUUUGAUUUUCGAUCUUUCUGGGGAAUGAAUAUUAAUAUUUUCAUUCAGGGCGCAUUUACAGCGUUGUCUCAAUACAGUGGCUUUCUCAACUGCAAUUUGAUUUAUUAUCGUGUUCCCGAUUCCGAACAGUUAACGUAUUUCGUCAGAGCAAUUACAGAGUCUUGGGAGCUGCCAGAAGUUUGUCCUCUCAAACCUUCGAAAAACUUGUUCACUCUUUUACUACAAAUUUCAUUCGUCUGGAUUAUGGUAAACUUUAUUCUCCGAUCAGGAGUAUACAGUGAACUUUUAAAACGUAAAAAACCUGAAACUAAAACUCCACAAGAAGUUGAAGAUCACAGUGUUUCAAAAAACGAAACGGUUGAAGAAAAAGAAAAAUUGGAAUGUUGAUUAAGAAGAAUUUUCUUUAAUAAAUUCAAAAACUCGCUCAUAAGUUCAAUUACCUCAUUAAAUAUAAGUAAAAGCCAUCAAUUUUUUUGUAUUUUUGUAAAAUACCUGACAGUGUCAAUUAUACAGUUGUACGGAGAGAAAUUUCAAGUAAAUAUUCCUAUGCGAUUUAAAAAGUAUAGUUGACAUUACUGUACGAGUCUAGUAAUGAUUACAUUGUUGUAUACAGUAACGCAUUUUUUUGUUUGAUUUCGUUUUAACAGUUAAGUAAUUCGUACGUUAUAAGAGCAUAAUACGUGAAUUGCCGCAAUGUAACCAUUACUAUGCCGCAUAGGCCUAACUACAGUACAGUAAUGCUGAAUUUACUGAAAAUAAAAGUAAGAAGUACUUGAAAAAAAGUACUUGACAUCAUAGGACUCAUUAGUAUAAACAUAUUAGAAUUCACUAUACGAUAUAUUAAAAUUUACGUUAUUUCCUUUAUCGUGGAUUAAAUUCUAUACCGCAAAGUGAUAAUUACAUUACUUUUCGCUGAGUAUAGUAAUAACAACAUGACAUUUCUCUCCAUCUGUAUUUAAUUAUUGUGUGAAUAAAAGAAGUUUGUAAUA